AUGAUCCCCUCGUUCCCUCAAGAAAUGAUAGACACAAUUGUCACUCAUAUCGACGGCACUGACACGCUGAAGACAUGCAGUCUGGUCGCGGAGGCCUUUCGCCAGCCCUCUCAACGCGGGCUCUGGCGGCGUGUCGUGCUCAAGUUCGAAAACGGAGAGUGCGACAGCGCGCAUGCUAUACUUGCUCACCUGGCCGAAUUUCGCCACCUGGCGCGCUAUGUUGCUUCGUUAACCAUAAGCAUGACCUUCCAGAACAUGAGCUGGGCAGCUGUCUCCGCCGGGACCCAUGCGCUGAAGUCAUUGUUUCCGCUGCUCCCCAAUGUCGCGCUCCUUCGAGUUUCGACCGAUGUUCCUCGCGGUUUCGAUUCUUACUCGUGGGGCGCAGAGCGCGAGUUGUUCUUGGCCGUGGUCGAAGGCUUCAUUCGCAAACAAGUAGCGAGCCGCAAACUGCGCGGGCUCGGAUUGAGCAAGUUUCCGAACCUUUCUCGGGCGUUCUUGCGGGGAGCCCUGACUGCUUGCCCGAGUAUAAGCUUUGUCGAUAUCGGACGCGCAAUGGAAGAAGUCAACUCUCAGGAACCAGCUGAAACCCCUCCAGAUUCGACGGCAGUCAACAUAACCCGACUUAAAAUCGGAAUAUUCGACAUUAACGAUCCACCACUCUACAAUUUGAUUCUCACCCAUACCAAAGCGUUGCAUACCCUCGUCCUUACUACCUCUGGUGGCCGCUGGUACCAGCAACAAACAAUACCAUCGAAGGUUCCCGAUAUCUGCUUGGCCGCUAAAGAAACACUGAAAUAUUUGGCGAUACAAUUUCCCCGCGUCUACAGCAAAGAGGACCGUGUCAUGACCGGAUUCCUGCUACCCGACCUCCCCCAUCUGCACUACCUCCAAAUCGACUUUGAACCUCUGCCCGAUACCGAUCGCUUAUGGAUGCCGUCGUACUCGCCCCCGCCCCGGCUGUUGGACUUCCUCUUCACACUAGGGGCAGACACCAUGGUGCCUUCCCUCUCCAAACUGUGUCUCCGUCCCGACAUGCGCGCAGACCACCCUUACGAGGACGGGACCGUUUUUCACCCAAGUCCGGAGCCUGAGCAUCGUUGGGUGUGCGCGGGCUUGGACGGAAUCCUCAUGAAAUACCUUUCUCGUAGUAUUCCCAGCGUCACAUGCUACUUCCUCCCUCGCUUCUUUCACGACCGUCGCCAGCUGCCCGACCUCAACAAGCCCGAAGCCGGGGACCUCCGUCUCCACAAGCAGCUUCUGGCGGCAUAUUCGCUGACCAUGUCCGCUGCUCUCCCGGAGGCAACCUCCCUGGGGUUUCAAGUUGUUGAUUGCUUCGCGUCUGGUGGCAUAGAGUGGAGAGAGCACGAGGUGGAGUUUUUUUGA